GGAAUGGUGUGGUUGCCACUUUGAUCCUGAGUAACCUUGUCCGGCAGACCGGUCGACCCUCUCUCUGCAGCCGGGGUGUUCCACCGCAGCCAACUGGACUUGGGCCACCACCCCCGUCCUGCGCCGCGUCUCAGAUCAGUGGUCGACCCCCACCACCACCACCGCCACCUCCUCCUCCUCUUAAUCUCCCAGAUUGUCGGUGACUUGCUGCAGUCGAUGCUGCGGCUCUGACAGGCUCCUGCACCGGGACUCCAUGAGACAGACAUGCUCGCGUUCGUGUUGGUCUCUGGGUCGCUCUGGAUUAUAUUAGAGCUGAGCUCCACGUUGAUGGAGAAGAUGCAGGCGCAGGAGACGACAAGCGGCCUGAGGGUACCGGAGAUUGAGGACCUGGGCCAGUACAUUCGCUCCCUGUCCACCACCACGCUGGUAGGAAUCGGCGCCCUGACAGCCAUGCUGGCCUACUGGAUGGCCACGAGACCACGCCCCAUCAAACCACCUUGCAGUCUUCUUCACCAGUCGGAGGAGGUGCCGCUGGAAAACGGGGCACGGAGGUCGAUGAUGGGCGACAGAUCCAAGCUUCUUACACAUUACCACGACGACGCCAAGACCAUGUACGAGGUCUUCCAGAGGGGCCUUCACAUAUCUGGUGAUGGGCCUUGCUUAGGCUCACGACUGCCCAACCAGCCUUACAAAUGGAUGUCCUACAAAGAGGUGACGACCCGAGCAGAGCAUCUUGGAUCAGGCCUCCUCCACCAGGGCUGCCAGCCCAACCCCAGCCAGUUUAUUGGCGUGUUCGCCCAGAACAGACCCGAGUGGAUCAUCUCGGAGCUCGCCUGCUACACCUACUCCAUGGUGGUGGUUCCGCUUUACGACACACUGGGCCCAGAUGCCAUCAGGUUCAUCAUCAACACUGCGGACAUAUCCACCGUCAUCUGCGACAAGAUGGAGAAGGCUCAGGUGCUUUUGGGCAACGUUGAGAGGAAGGAGACCCCGGGACUGCGUCGGAUCAUCCUGAUGGACGCCUUUAACGCGGCUCUCAUCGAGCAAGGCAGCGCCUGUGGUGUCCACAUCCAAGCAAUACAAGAGGUGGAGGCCUUGGGAAGAGAUCAUCACAGAAAACCGAUACCACCGACACCUGAAGACCUGUCAAUCGUGUGCUUCACCAGUGGAACCACAGGAAACCCUAAAGGUGUGAUGCUCACUCAUGGGAACGUGGUGGCAGACUUCUCUGGCUUCCUUAAAGUCACAGAUAAAGUCAUUUUCCCAAAUCAAGACGACUGCCUCAUUUCCUUCCUGCCGCUGGCUCACAUGUUCGAGAGGCUCAUCGAGUCGGUGGUUUACUGUCACGGCGGGCGGAUCGGCUUCUAUCAGGGCGAUAUUCGACUCCUGCCGGACGACAUGAAAGCUCUCCGGCCGACCAUUUUCCCAGUGGUGCCUCGACUCCUCAACCGCAUGUACGACAAGAUCUUCAGCCAGGCCAACAGUCCAUGGAAGCGAUGGCUUCUCAACUUCGCUGCCAAGAGAAAAGGCGCUGAGGUCAGCAGCGGCAUCAUUCGCAGCGACAGCAUCUGGGACAAGAUCUUCUUCAGCAAGAUCCAGGCCAGCCUUGGAGGAAGACUGAGGAUGAUUAUCACCGGAGCUGCCCCCACCUCCCCCACUGUCCUUGGGUUUCUCAGGGCAGCUCUCGGAUGUCAGGUUUACGAGGCGUACGGACAAACAGAGUGCACUGCUGGCUGCACCUACACCACGCCCGGAGAUUGGACUUCUGGUCACGUUGGAGCUCCGCUGCCAUGUAACCUCAUAAAACUAGUCGACGUUCCUGAGAAGAACUAUUUCGCGUCGAAGGGAGAAGGAGAGGUUUGUGUGAAGGGACCAAACGUGUUCAAGGGCUAUCUCAAAGACCCGGAGAGGACGGCGGAGACGCUGGAUGCAGAUGGCUGGCUGCACACUGGUGACAUUGGCAAAUGGUUAACGAACGGCACGCUGAAGAUCAUUGACCGGAAGAAGCACAUCUUCAAGCUGGCGCAGGGCGAGUACAUUUCCCCCGAGAAGAUUGAGAACAUCUACAUCCGGAGCGAGCCGGUGGCGCAGCUGUACGUCCACGGCGACAGCUUGCAGUCCUGCUUGGUGGGGAUUGUGGUCCCUGACCCAGAGGUGAUGCCAGCGUGGGCCAAGAAAAAAGGGAUGCUCGGCACCUACAAAGAUCUGUGCAAGAACACGGAACUUAAGAAGGCCAUACUGGAAGAUCUGGUGCGUCUCGGGAAAGCCAGCGGGCUUCACUCCUUUGAGCAGGUGAAGAACAUCUACGUCCACAAUGAGAUGUUCUCCAUCCAAAACGGCCUGCUGACCCCGACAUUGAAGGCCAAAAGACCUGAGCUGAAGGAGUACUUCAAGGACAAGAUCGAUCAACUCUACAGCAGCAUUUCCUUGUGAGGUCCGCUGCGCCAACGGUUUCCCGUCAAGCAUCUAAACGCUAAGAUCCAGCGACAGUAUAUCGACAUCUUAGGGUUUGACCUGCUCCGGGGAGGACGACCGGAACCUGGCCCUGCUCGCUGCUAUUCACCGAGAACGACGACGAAUGCUCUCCCUCCCCGGCAGCCCUGACCCUGCUUUGGUUCCGUCCAUCUCCUGCUUCUCUCCUGCCCUCUGCUGGCAGGAAUCAUGAUCUGGAGACAACAGGGGUUUACAAUCGUUUGGAGUAGAUUAAAAGGUACAAAGAGUAGUGUCUCCUGCCUUAAAAAUCACCGCUGGUCACUCAAGCGUCAUCGUCCUCAGCUACUGGCUGUGUUUACAUGGAAACCAAUAGUCCCAAACGUCAACAGCACCUUCAUCUGAGUAAAUAUUUUCACUGGAACUAAAUUCAGAUUAAAUUACUGAGGAAAAGCUUGUAGGUUCCAUGCAAACAUGACUCUUUUCUGAGUCCAAAAUCCAUGUGAACGUAGCCACUUCUCCUCAUAACCUCAAUCAUCAGUUAAGCAUGUGACUUUCUUUGCACAUUUUAGAGAAUAAAUCAACACAUGUAGGCAAAACCAGGACUUGGGGCAAUGCAUGCUUGUUGUCCUGGAACACCUGGACUCAAAGCAGACGUCCAGGUCGCCGCGGCUCGUGCGAGGACUCCACUCACUUGAUAAAAAUAAAGCAACAACUUCAACGGAUGGGUUUAGAGGUAGGACUUUUGAGUUGAUCCCAAAGCAUAAACAACAUGGAUGUAUAUAAAUAAAGACAGCUAGUUGUAUCUACGGUCUCAGUCGGUUUGAAUGGAAUUUUUUCUUUCCCUUUUUUUUUGUGUGUAGUGAGCUGAAUUGUUCUUAUUUAUUUAUCUAAACUCCUUUUGAGAUGAAGGAAUCAGCACCAUAUCCUUGUACUGAUGGAGUGCAGCAAUAGGGACGAGGGAGGGUGAGGAUGGUGGGGCAAUGGAAUUAAAGCAUUCUGGAAUGAUUUUAACUGGUGUCUGGUUUUUCAUUUUUUCAUUU